UUAGCUGACCACAAAAGUGCUCUCAGUACCCGCUACUAAAAUGCGCUCCGGCAGGACUCCGGCUAUGCGGGCGAGCCACCUGUUAAUUGGUUAAAAAUUUCCCCAAAUUCAAGUCUGAGAGAUUAGCGCUCCGUUUCGAUCUAGCUUUCUUGUCUUCCCCUGACACGUAGUGGCGCCAAGUCUAGCGGAGGAGAAGGUGAGAAGACAGGUGCAAUCGGAGGGGAGACAUCAUGGGCUUCCGGAAGUUCUCCCCCUUCUUGGCUCUCAGUAUCUUGGUCCUGUGCCAGGCCGGCAGCCUCCAGGCGGCGCCAUUCAGGUCGGACCCGGAGAGCAGCCCAGACCUGGCUACAUUCAGUGAGGAGGAAGCGCGCCUCCUUCUGGCUGCACUGGUGCAGGACUAUGUGCAGAUGAAGGCGAGUGAGCUGGAGCAGGAGCUGGAAACAGAGGGCUCCAGCAUCACUGCCCAGAAGAGAGCCUGCAACACUGCCACCUGCGUGACUCAUCGGCUGGCAGGCUUGCUGAGCAGAUCAGGGGGUAUGGUAAAGAGCGACUUUGUGCCCACCAACGUGGGUUCCCAAGCUUUUGGCAGGCGCCGCAGGGACAUUCAAGCCUGAGCAGCUAAAUGCCUCCAAGAAGAAGGUUCCCCAUGAAGCUGCACUCACCACUUACAUUAAUUUCUGUUGACGACAACUUGGUGAGAACAGCCCUUGGAAGAUACAUGUUCGCAUCCUAAUAGAUACUGAAAAAAAGCACUUUUGUCACUUGAAAGGAAUGAAACUGAAUGCAAAAUAAGCUAAUUCCAUAUUUAUUGUGCAUCAUUUUUAUAUUUAAUUCUAUGUCCAGUAAAUGUGAUGGCAUUUCUCAUGGGCUGUAUCAUUGACUGUAUCAAGCAAAUUGAUUCUUUGAGAGCCAUCCUGUUGAUCACGGCAGCUCUGCCAAACCUUAGGGGGACAUGAAAUCACUGCCUCUUGUGGCCUCUGGGGACACAUGGUAAUGGUGAUGCUGUGCCUUGUUGUCUGAGAACAUGAUUGUAUAAUUUGUUUAAGAAAAUGUCAAUAUUGUGCCAUUUGUGAACUUCAUCAAGAUUAAAAGCCUAUUUUGGAUACAUUUGUUU